GCCGCCAUUUUGUGAGUCUAUAACACGGAGCGGUCGGGCUCGUUCCUGUUAUUCCGGCGUCUCCACUCCGUUCCCUGCGGGUCUCCUCCGUGUGCAAUGGACGGCAUUGUCCAAGAUAUAACAGUUGGUACAAAGCGGGGAUCUGACGAGCUUUUCUCUACUUGUGUUACUAACGGACCCUUUAUCAUGAGCAGCAACGCUUCUUCUGCAGCUAAUGGAAACGACAGCAAAAAAUUCAAAGGGGACAGCAGAAGUGCUGGGGUCCCAUCCAGAGUAAUCCACGUCCGUAAGCUCCCCAGUGACGUCACGGAGGCUGAGGUCAUCUCUCUGGGCUUACCUUUUGGCAAGGUCACCAACCUUCUGAUGCUGAAAGGCAAAAACCAGGCUUUCAUAGAAAUGAAUACAGAGGAGGCAGCCAACACCAUGGUAAACUACUACACCACAGUCACUCCAGUCCUUCGAAGCCAACCCAUCUACAUCCAGUUCUCCAACCACAAGGAGCUUAAGACAGACAACUCACCAAACCAAGCACGUGCCCAAGCAGCUCUGCAAGCAGUGAACUCUGUUCAGUCAGGAAACCUGGCACUGCCAGCUCCUGCUGCAGCUGUGGAUGCAGGGAUGGCGAUGGCUGGCCAGAGCCCUGUGCUGAGGAUCAUUGUGGAGAAUCUCUUCUAUCCUGUCACUCUAGAUGUUCUGCAUCAGAUUUUUUCCAAAUUUGGUACAGUCUUGAAAAUAAUUACGUUCACGAAGAACAACCAGUUUCAGGCUCUGUUACAAUAUGCUGACCCUAUGAGUGCUCAGCAUGCCAAACUGUCUUUGGAUGGACAGAACAUCUACAAUGCCUGUUGUACGCUGCGCAUAGAUUUCUCAAAGCUCACGAGUCUCAAUGUAAAAUACAAUAAUGACAAAAGCAGAGAUUACACACGACCAGACCUACCUUCUGGGGAUAACCAGCCUCCUCUUGAUCAGACCAUGGCAGCUGCUUUUGGUGCCCCAGGAAUAAUCCCUGCCUCUCCAUAUGCAGGAGCUGGCUUUCCUCCCACCUUUGCAAUUCCUCAGGCUGCAGGUACUGUACUUCGCUUGACAGUUCAAAAUGUUCAUGGAGCUCUAGCUCCUUUGGCUAUCCCAGCAGCAGCUGCAGCGGCUGCAGCAGGACGGAUUGCCAUUCCCGGCCUCGCUGGGGCAGGGAACUCUGUUCUGCUGGUUAGCAAUCUGAAUCCUGAGAGAGUUACACCCCAAUGCCUCUUUAUUCUUUUCGGAGUCUAUGGUGAUGUGCAGAGGGUGAAGAUUUUGUUUAAUAAGAAAGAGAAUGCCCUGGUUCAGAUGGCUGAUGGAAACCAGGCUCAGCUUGCCAUGAGCCAUUUGAAUGGCCAGAAGCUCCAUGGGAAGCCAAUCCGUAUAACGUUGUCCAAACAUCAGACAGUGCAGCUCCCUCGUGAGGGCCAGGAGGACCAAGGUCUGACCAAGGACUAUGGGAAUUCUCCUUUACACCGUUUCAAGAAGCCGGGCUCCAAAAACUUCCAGAACAUCUUUCCUCCUUCUGCCACUCUCCAUCUGUCCAACAUUCCGCCUUCAAUAGCUGAAGAGGACCUCAAGAUGUUGUUCUCAAGCAAUGGUGGGAUGGUCAAAGGCUUCAAAUUCUUCCAGAAGGACCGUAAAAUGGCUCUGAUCCAGAUGGGCUCUGUGGAAGAAGCCAUUCAAUCCCUCAUUGACCUCCACAAUCAUGACCUGGGUGAGAAUCACCACCUGCGUGUGUCCUUCUCGAAGUCCACCAUUUAAAGCUUGGGAAGGCAUGAGACAAAAUGGACUUGACUCAACCUCUUGAGUUCAGCCUCGACCCUAAAAAGGGCUGAACACGAGGGUUUCAACUUCCAUCAUUCCAGAAAAAAAAAAAAAAAAAAAAAGCCACUUUAAAAAUGCAGCUGAAGUGACCUUAAAAAAGACCAGAGAUUUUAUUUUUUUAAAGAGAAAUCAGUUUACCGGUUUUUAAAAAAAGAAAAGAGAAAAAAUUAAAUCUUAAUUCAUAUCGCUAACCUUGAGGUGAUGGGUAACAAUCUUGACUGUUCCAAUAAAAUAUCACAAGUUGAAGUUUA